UGUAAGUCACAAUGUCAAAAGAGUGAGUUGGAUACAUUUGUUAUGAGUGUCGGCGAGUUUUUCCAGCGGUUCUUUAAUCCUGUAUGUAAAUGACAGCCAAUAGAUGCUGUUGUUGAGUUGGGCUGGGAUUAGCGGAGGCGAAUGACUUUCAAUUUUACUGGAUUACAGAACAAAGAAAGGGGAAAGGGGACACACUCCUCCUAAAGAAAACAGAAAGAAAACGGACUAAAUUGACGAAAUAAAUCACGUCGACAUAUUUUCGACAGACAACCAACGCGAGACACUUGUGGAGAUUAUGAAAUUUAAUAAAGUCGCGAUCGCUUUUCUUUAGAUGGGAAUUCAGCCCCCGAUUGGAUUAAACGGAGAAUAAACGUAUUCCGGGAUUGACAGCAUAAGAAGAAUGGCACAGGUUCGGAAGCUGGCCUGUGAUGGCUUGAGGACCAACUCUCGGCCAGAGCUCAAAGUUCCACAUGUGUCAUCCAGACAAGAGAUCCUCACCAGCCUCGUUUCAGCGUUAGAUUCUGUGUGCUCUGCCAUGUCUAAACUGAACGCUGAGGUGGCAUGUGUCACCGUGCACGAGGACAGCGUGAUCGCCGUGGGAACAGAAAAGGGACGAAACUUUCUCAACUCCAGAAAGGAGAUACAGACGGACUUCCACAAGUUCUGUAAAGUGUCUUGUCUUCAAGCGAACUCCCACGCUAAAGCUCCUGACGUGGACUGCAGCAGGACAGGCAAAGACUGCGGCCAACAGGCCAGACAGAGAACCUUAACCGACUCUCACUCCAACAUCUUCGUCUUGAGGAAAAUGGUGGAGGAAGUCUUCAGCGUACUGUACAGUGAGGCUGUUGGGAAAAGCAGCCUGGUCCCUGUGCCUUAUGAACGGGUUCUGAAGGAUCCCAGCUCGCUGGUUGUCUACGGCCUUCCUGACGGUGUAACUUUGAGAAAACCUUCAGAAUACGACACCAAGACCUUAAUGAAGAUCUUAGAGCAAAGUAAUCGUAUCCGCUUUAUAGUCAAAAGAACGCCAGAGGAACCCUCACGGGAUGCCAAAUCCUGUCCGGAAGUCAACCAUCACUCUUCGAUCUCAAAAAGCAUAAGCAACCACGCCACUGUUAAACCCUCUGUUCAGGAAGUGUCUGCUAGCAACUCUAUGCUCUCCAGCUUCCUGUACGGCAUGCCCAUGUCCUCCCAGCCCCACCCAGACAGCAAGAUGGACCUGAAGCCCACAUCACUGAACAGCAUAGGUAAAGAGAGGCUGGGAAUGUGGACAUCCUCUGAUGACAAGGCCGUGCAAGCCAAGGAAUGUGUUGACAAUGGCGAGCGAAUAGGGCUGGCAGGGGAUCUUGCCCAGAGUCCUCCCAGCAUCCAUGUCUCCAAGCGCCUUCUGUUUUCUAUAGUGCAUGAAAAAUCAGAAAAAUGGGACUCAUUUAUCAGGGAGACGGAGGACAUCAACACGCUUCGAGAAUGUGUUCAGAUCCUCUUCAACAGCAGAUAUGCUGAGGCUUUAGGUCUGGAUCACAUGGUUCCUGUGCCGUAUCGGAAAAUCGCCUGCGAUCCAGAGGCGGUAGAAAUCAUUGGAAUUCCAGACAAGAUUCCCUUCAAGAGGCCAUGCACUUAUGGAGUGCCUAAACUGAAACGGAUCCUGGAGGAAAGGCACGGGGUCCGCUUUGUUGUCAGAAGAAUGUUUGAUGAAAGGAUUUUUACAGCCGCUGGUAAAGUAGCUAAGGAGGAGGGCAAACAGGAUGGCUCCGCCCUUGAUGAUGGUUUCCCUGAUGGGCUCAGGUUGCCAAGCUCCUCCCUAGAGCUGGUCAACAACACUCACAGCAGCAGAUCGACUAGCUCUUGUGUCAGUCCUUUGGCUGAGUGCGAAGCAGGGCCAUCCGGGGACUGUCUUUCUAUGAAGAAGAUUAAAACAGAACCCCCAGAUGGUGAAAUCAUUCAAGUGACAGUGCCAGAGUCCAGUGUUUCUACAGAAGAGCCAAGCGAGCCCCAGACUGAACGAGUGACCCCUGACCUCUGUCGUCUAUUGGAGCCUGAAGCAGAAGAUUUAGCAUCUAAGACUACGCCGCAGGGGCUCAAAAGAGCUGUUGAAGAAGACAUCGGAGAGAUGAUCCUACAGUUGAGAAAGCAGGUGGAGAGCCUGUUCAGCUCCAAGUACAGUGAAGCUCUUGGUCUGCCCGAGCCAGCUAAAGUGCCAUACUCCAAGUUCCAGAUGUAUCCAGAUGACCUGUACAUCAAUGGGUUGCCAGAAGGGAUGACUUUUCGAAGACCAAACUGUUUCGGGGCAGUAAAAUUGAGAAAGAUUCUUGCUGCAAGCAGUCAGAUCCAGUUUGUUAUAAGAAAGCCAGAGUUGUUGACAGAGCAGGUUAAAAACGAGUCUCUCUCAAAAUCAACCUCUGACUCAGCAGAGACGGACUCUAAAGACCAAUCAGAUGACCCUGGACCCGCGUCCAAGAGACCAGGAUUCUCAGACAGUUUAGAGGCCAAGCUCUCCCGUAUCGACUUGGCGAACACACUGCGCGAGCAGGUCCAAGACCUGUUCAACAGGAAAUACGGCGAGGCACUGGGCAUUAAGUAUCCUGUGCAAGUGCCUUAUAAGAGGAUCAAGAGUAACCCCGGCUCAGUGAUUAUUGAGGGCCUGCCCCCUGGGAUCCCCUUCAGAAAGCCCUGCACCUUCGGCUCACAGAAUCUAGAGAGGAUAUUAGCCGUGGCAGACAAGAUCUCUUUCAGCAUUACAAGGCCUUUCCAAGGACUCAUUCCAAAGCCAGCACCCCGGAGAAUAACCACAUUGAAGAAAGGUUACACCCCAAUAAAUGAAGAAGACGAGGUCAAUCGAAUGGGAGAGAAAGUGAUAUUAAGGGAACAAGUUAAAGAGCUCUUUAAUAAGAAAUAUGGUGAAGCUUUAGGUUUGGAUCGCUCGGUCCUUGUUCCAUAUAAAUUAAUCCGUGCCAAUCCCGGCUCAUUGGAAGUUUCUGGACUUCCGGAUGAUAUUCCAUUCAGGAAUCCGAAUACUUAUGACAUCAUUCGAUUGGAAAAAAUUCUGCAGGCUGAAGAUGAAAUUACCUUCAAUAUUAAAACCCCACUACAACCUUUUACAGAAUUGUGUACCCAGUCUUGUAAUACAGAAUGUAAAGAAGUGUCCACCAAUCGACGCAAACGUAAACGUGUACUUGACAACAAUCAAGCAAUCGUGCCCACUGGAGCAGACUCGGCACUAUCAACCAAUCAGAUUCCUGUCAUGCAGUGGCCUAUGUACAUGGUGGACUACAGCGGUGUGAAUGUUCAAGUUCCCAGCAAGGUCAAAUACUAGACAACGGUCUGAUGCCAUAUGGUGGACCUGCAACAUAAGGGACCUUAUAAAACCUGACAUUAAUGAAUGCUAAAUUCAGCUUUCUCCAGUUUUGCGGCCGACACCGCAACACACGUAUGGAGUCGCGGCGUGUAAGGUGUGACCUGAUGCAGUUGUUUCUAAAGAUGGAGAAAAGCCCCAGCAGUACAUCAGACUUUCUGCCAGUGCUUUAUUACUUCAAGAGGCUGUUUGUAAAGGAGUUGCCAUUAUUAUUGGAAUAUGAGAUAUUAAUUGUAUUGCAUUGCAUUGCCUCCAGGAUUUGCUAUGGAAGGUUCUGGAAACAAUCAUGGUUACCAUUUCAAAGAAUGGGAUUUGGGAUUUGUCUUUUCCCAAAUAUGACUAAUCACUCUUGGGAUCCACAGCCUGGUAACGCGUGUACUGCAUCCAGUACGUCUCCUGUAGUUACCUGGCUGUCAUGCCUUGCAAAUGUUUGUAUUGUUAUUUAUUUAUUUAUUUAAUAAAAAAAAUUGUAUAUGCAGGGAAUGUAAACUACCACUUUCAGUUUUCAGCCUAAAAUACUGAAUGACACGACUAACGAGGCUCAAAACAACUAGCUACUGUAUGUAUUCAGACAGAAACCUUUGCUUUAGGUUUCGGUAUCUCGAGCAGCUGGAGAAUCCUAACACGAUAGCACUAACUUAUAUUCAAGCGAGAUAUUUCUUUUUGUAUUAUUUUAGCUUUGUAAGUUACUCAGUUCAUUAAGCAUAAAGGCAAAGUGAGGUGUUUUAUGGAGAAACCAUCAUGAAUGUAUUGUUCGUAAAGGAAAGAAUGCUAUAAUGUUACUCUAUAAUGACUGUCUCUGGAAUCGCCAGUAUUUAUAUGCUGUACCUUAAUGCCAUUUAGGCCUUUCGAAUAAAAUGUGCUGCCUUGCUUUUA